AUGGCGAAAGCUUGGAACCCGAGACCUGUGGAACGCGUGGAAGGACUUAAGGACUGGUGUGCAUCAAGCACACCCUAUGAAAGCAGUAACCAGAGUUUCAUUAGUCAAGAAAAACCACCUGCAAAUAAGGAAGCACAAGAAAGAAUAUUGAGGGUUGCAAAAUUGCUGGCAGACGAACCGGUGCCCGUUGAGCUCCGUUGCGAUGCAAACGGGUCUGCUGAACGGAGUGCCGCACUUGAGGCUAUAGUCCCUCGCUUCGAGAAGGCUGUCCGGGAAACCGAUUCGCCGGAUUUGGCAUUCAUUCCCACAGUAUCAACAUACAGAAACCGCGGUAUGGAUAAGGUCUGUCCUCCGUGGCAUCUGCUAGUGGGUGGUAGCUUCUACAAAAAUGCUGGAAUUGACAUUCUGGAACGACUUCAGACAUUUGAAGAAGUUGUGAAUGGACUACCAGUGGACUAUGGAGACAUGCUGCAGUACAUCGUGUAUGCUUCUCUUUGUGCAGUUAUAACAUUACUUUCAAUUACGGGUCCCCCCGAACAGGAGACAGCUCAAUGGAAGAAGUUGCGAUUGUUAUUAGACAAAAUAGAGGGCGGAUUUGUCCCAAUGAGGCUCAUGGCCCAGGUAGACAAUUACAUAAGGCAAUAUGCGGCUCUAAUAGAAAGUGCAGUUUUGUCCCGCGUUGUACCAGUGAGUGUAAGGGCGAUGGCGCUUCUCUGCGUUGGCCUGUGGGCAAAGGAAAGAGGAGUAUUCAGGUUUGGCAGCUAUGAGACAAGACCAAAGGGUAUCCACGAUGCUAGCUUGCCACUAACAAAAGGUCGCUUGUUGACAACACUCAACAAAGUAUAUAUGAGGAAUGUGGACCCCCUGGCUCCGAUUAAGGCUGCUGCGAGCCUUCUCAACCUCAUUCAUGCAACCAAGAAAGAUGACUUUAACCUCACUAAUACCGCUGUGUUCUAUGCGUGCGGCCCGGUUCAUAUGUUUGCAUCAUCAGAGGAAGUAAUCGUCUUUUUGGGGUCUCAGCGGGGCAGACAAAUGCAAAGGGAGCAACAGAUCGAGUUUGUUAAGGGCAUUGUCUCCACGGUCGCGUUCUCAAGCAGCACAGAUUCGAAAGUUAAGCUCCGCUGCGCGUUCUCGAGCGAUGAACAGCAACUGCAGAGAAUUAUAAAGGCCGCUGCUCGUAAGCAUACCUCUGACUUUGGGGAUAGAGCCCUGGAGCUCUACGAAGAGUCCGCCGCUUCUUCCGUCGUAUGCUCCAUGGCUACCAGCGCCUCAAGAGGUCUAUGCUGCAUAGCUUUUCCGAACGCAGUGGAUAUAAACGAGGCUGACUUCCUCAAUACUGUAUUUGUUUCCAGGCGGCAAAGGCCUGGGGAGUGGAUCCGUGUAUUAGAACUAGAGACUGGGGUCACCCUCUCUGCUCUCCAGCAACUAAAGCAAAAUAACAGACCGACGGCGUCCCUCACCGAGCCCCUGGAUCUGCAUGCUUUAAAGAAUGUGCAGGACCAGGUGGCGAUUGCCGUGGACGUCGAUGAUACGUGUAUCUCAAGUGGAGGCUGGCGGGUCCGAGGGCUUGGUAUAUAUGUAGGAGGAGUGGACAGUUCCUACCCACGCGGGGUAGCGUAUCCUGGGAUGGGAGGUCUAAUGUAUAUGCUCUCUAUGGGGGCACAGAGGCGCGAAAGAGGCAAGGUACGACCAGUACGAAACGAGGUACUUCCGGUGGUGCUGGCCUCUGCAAGGCCAUCCACCAGAUUUCUAUUUAGACCUAAAAGUCUCUAUAAAGAUUUGGCGCGGAUGUACACGCAUGAGGCCGCGCUGCUUGGCGCAGAGCUGCAAGAAACAGGUCACAUUGUGAAACAUGAGAACUACAUGCCAGUCGCUCAAAGCGUUUUACUAGGGAAGAAGUAUCGAGGCAUGUCAAAGUUCACCGGCCUAUGGACUUUACUGCAAAAGGGUGCACGGCUCACCCGCACGGAUGACAGCGUCUUUCAUGAUGGGACUAAAAUGAUGUUUUUCGGGGACACCUACGAAAAAGAUCUUCCAACAGGAAUCUCCUUAGGGAUCAUCGCCCCGCAGCAGUACGUGGCUUCACUGAUGCAUUUGGUGUAUGCUGAUGAACCACAAACGUCUCCACUUUCAAUCCCGCAAACCUUUAUGAACAGAUCGCCUGGCCUCGUGACCCUGCCUGAGGAAGCCUUCCCGUUCAAAAUUCCGAUUGCCAACAGUAGCCCCGCUGGGAAUCCUCAACCGUUUAUAGUGGGCGUGUCUCUAGUUUUUAAGGUUGCGCUGCCUGAGAACCUUUUUAACCGCAUAGAUCAGGAGGACCUGCUAUGGGAUAAGCAGAAUGGGUAUCCAUGCGAUGCGAUGGACACCGACACAGUGUGGACUGUCGGCGAACUUGUAGAUAAGCUAAUUAGACGUAUCUGGGCCUCCUACAGACACACCUGGAUGCACACACACCUCAGCGAACUACUUGGCGAUUCCCCCCUCCCGCCUCCCCCCGUCUUCGUGCGUUGUCUCGGUGUGAUUGAAGACAACAUGUCGGCUUCAGUUCAUCUCCAGCACAUGCAUAGAAGCCCAGCCACCGUGCUAAAACCAAACGAUCUGGGAACCCCAAUUAUCCCCUUCACAACACCCCUUGGUGCGAUGGUUACAGCGAGGGUGCUUGGAAUGUUGGACAAUCAUGACCUCUCUGAGCUUGCGAAUCUAGUAGGACGGGCUGAACGGAGCUUCAAUCCGCCUCAUCACCAGGCGGAAGCGAAGGCGGCUAAGGCGCUACUGUAUGAUGCGAAGGUAGCUGCAGGUUUGUUCCCCAUACCAGCAGCUGCGCUUCUGGGAUUCGAACGCAUGCGAAAGGAUGCCAUAAGAAGCAGUAUGGGACGAGCAUAUGCAACUCAUGAAUGCAAGCAUGAAACAAGCAAACAUUUGCUCAGCGUAGGGAGCCCGACACUCCAGCCUCAAGAGGGAUCUAGCUGGACAAGUCACUUGAUGGCCCUUUUUACAGAAAGGAUAUGCAACAUGAAGGCGACAAUCGUGAAUGCAUGCAUUGCAACUCAGCAGGAAGUAGAGCUCCUAGCGGCUAAUCUUGGAUACUUAGCGGAGAAAUUCGAGAUGAAGAGCUGUGACGAAAUGGCUAGACCUGCAGGCCCCGCAAACCUCCUAUUGGAAUAUAUGGAAAGAAUGUGUGCUGAGCACCCAAACCAAUGCGCAACUCUGCUUAGGUUGUUGGAUGAUGCAGCAACCAUUGCUGAUCUCAGAUAUCAGGAUGCCCCUGAAUGGAAAUUUGCCCAAACAUUCCUCAAGGCUAAUGGACUGAGGCUCAACAAAGACCCUAAUUGUCUAAGUAAGUCGUACAACAGCGUACAUACCGUGUGCCAUCUCAUGUGUACAAGGUCGCAUCCAGACACCCCAACAAGAAAUUAG